AUGAUUCAAUAAUCACUAUAUGUCCACAUAUUUAAAUCCUCUUUAUACACCUAACCUAAAUAUCUACCUAACAGAUAGGAAGUAUCUCUGGAGACUGAAUUCUUAGUUGCAUACAUUGCUAUUGCACUGUUAGUAGUAAGAAUAGAUUCUAUUAUAGCUCUGUUCUCAAAAAUUGGAGUAGAAUAUGAUAAAUUAGGUUGAUUAAGAGAAAGUGAAGAGGAAGACAUUUAGAAAUAAGAAAAUAACCUAAUUGAAAUUGUUUGAUGGAAAUAUUUUAAUAAUAAAAUGUUUAAUGAUAUGUUUACUUUGA